AUGGAGAGCGAGGACAAGCAGCCGCAGCAAGAGGAGGAGAAGCAGCAGGAGCAGCAAGCAACAGAGGCUGACUACGAAGAUGAAGUUGUAACAUCUUUCGACAACCUCCUUUUGCAUGAAGACCUCUUGCGAGGCAUUUACUCUUAUGGUUUUGAGAGGCCUUCGGCCAUCCAAAUGCGCGGAAUCAAGCCUAUCAUCGACGGCCACGACACCAUCGGACAAGCCCAAAGUGGGACGGGAAAGACGGCGACGUUCGUGAUUGCAGCUCUCCAGAAAAUCGACUACAAUAAGCCCGCUUGCCAAGUUCUUAUCUUGGCUCCAACUAGAGAACUUGCCCAGCAGAUCCAAAAGCACUGGUUGGCAUGUGUGGUACCUUCGUAUCUUCAGGUAGCUUUGGCGCUUGGUGACUACCUUGAUGUUCUUUGUCAUGCGUGCGUCGGCGGGACAUCGGUGCGCGAAGACGCGCAGCGGUUGCACGGGGGUGUACACGUCGUGGUUGGCACGCCGGGUCGUGUGAACGACAUGAUGGAAAAGCGUCAUUUGCGGUGUGAGCACAUGGUUCUUUUUGUUCUUGACGAGGCCGAUGAGAUGCUGUCACGCGGAUUCAAGUCCCAGAUUCUUGCUGUUUUCCAGCACCUGCCCAGGGACGUGCAAGUUGCUCUUUUCAGCGCCACCAUGCCAUCGGACAUUCUGGACCUUACAACGCAGUUCAUGAGGAAGCCAAGACGCAUUUUGGUGAAGAAGGAUGAACUCACGCUUGAGGGUAUCUCCCAGUACUUCAUUGAUGUCCAGAAGGAAGAAAACAAGUUCGCUACCUUGGUCGACUUGUACGAGACUCUGACGAUCACUCAGGCUAUCAUAUACUGCAACACACGCAGAAAGGUGCUUCAGCUAGUAGACAUGAUGACGGGUCAUGACUUCACGGUAUCAGCGAUGCAUGGUGACAUGGAGCAACAGCAGCGCGAGACUGUUCUACGCGAGUUCCGCAGCGGUUCUACCCGUGUUCUGAUUACUACCGAUCUGUUGGCUAGAGGAAUUGAUGUGCAGCAGGUGUCUCUGGUCAUCAACUAUGACAUUCCUACAUCCAAAGAGAAUUACAUCCACAGAAUUGGUAGGAGCGGCCGUUUUGGCCGUAAGGGAGUUGCCAUCAACUUCGUUACCACCAACGAUACUGAGCAGCUCAAGGAUAUUGAAACCCACUAUAACACCCAGAUCCUUGAAAUGCCGGCGAAACUGGAGACCAAAUAA